AUGGACAGAUGGAAAAAAACAGAGUAUAGUGUAGAACAAGAAGAGGACCGUGGAGUCAUUACCAACAAGGACGUAAAAUACACAAAACAGUCCAUCAAAACUGAAAAGAAGGCACAGAAGCUAGUGGGAUACAUAAAGAGGCAGUUCAAAUACAGAAACACGGAAACGAUGCUGCAGCGCUACACAUCAACAGUUAGACCUCAUCUUGAAUAUGCAGCCUUGGUGCUGAGGUCCUCAAAGCCAAAAGGUGGCUGGCUUUCAACAUCUAAGGGAGCAGGUCAUCUUCCUGAUGGUACACAGCUCGAGAAGAUUUUGCACAACAGAAAAGGACCAGAUGCUGAAGUCUCAUUCAUACUUAUUGUACGGGGUUUGGUGUCCGUCGUAGAAGAAGAAGAAGAAGAAGAAGAAGAAGAAGAAGAAGAAGAAGAAGAAGAAGAGAAGGAGGAGGAGGAGGAGGAGGAGGAAGAGGAGGAGGAGGAGAAAAAUGCUUCGAAGAGGAAGAAUCAGCUGGCUAGAAAGGCCAGAGGACAACCGACCUACUGA